GUCGCAAUUGGCUGAGGCUGCCUGUUUUUUAAUGUGUGUAGAUAUUGCAGUGCAUGCAUGUACUAUGUGUCAUUGCGGCUACGUAUGUGUAUGCAUGGGCUAGGAUGGAAAGUCUUUCACAGGUUGCCCAUGCUGCUGUCAAGAAAGGGACGAUAAUCACAGGAGGAAACUAAAAAAGAGUUUUGGGUCAUCCGUGAGGUUGAAUCUGGAUCACCGAGCUGCUGGAUUCUCUUCUGCAUGAUGACAGAAGUGUCCUGUACGGCUUUAAUCAUGGACUCCGAGAUGAUGUCACAACCAGAGUCAGAUCAGAUCCCUCCGGUUGACCACAAGUCUGCACCACUUAACCUGGUUGACACAGGAAAGGGUCUCAAGGUCCAAACAGCCACACCUCAUCUGGUUAGCCUGGGCAGUGGGAGACUAAGUGUUGCUAUUACCUUGCUGCCACUAAAAGAAGGUGUGACCCGCAUAGGGCGAGAAGAUGCCCCAACGCCUCAAGAUAUCGCCAUCCAGGGCCCUGGGAUCGAAGCGGAACACUGCCUAAUCUUCAAUGAAGGCGGUGUAGUAACCCUGGACCCUUGUGGUCACUUAUGCAGUCUGGAUGGAGUACAGGUCACCGUGCCCACACCACUCACGCAAGGUUAUUCCCUGUGUCUUGGCAAAUCCUACUUCUUCCGGUUCAACCAUCCUGAGGAGGCAAGCAGAAUGAAGAGCAUGCUUCCUCAAAAGAGCCCCGUUUCUGCCCUAGCCUACAAUACAGACUACCUGAAGUUUAGCAGCGAUUAUGGCCAUGCUGUGGUCGGGGGUACCAGCAGCACACGGGGCAUGCGCUCAGCCUCCGAGCUCCGGGAUUUAAUGGACACCCUACAGCGCAAGAAAAAAGCUCUGGAAAACAGCCUGAGAGCAAACGGGACGACCAACCCGUCGUACUUCAGUGUGACACAGUCUCCUCCUACCACACCCAUCACCUCUAUGUCCUCGGCCUCAUCGGCACAUCAUGAACAGGCAAGACGUUUCUAUGGCACGGAUCGUCCCCCUAUGUCACUGAAAUCUGUUUCCCCUGCGUCCCCGUCUCGACGUUCCGACCAUUCCUCUCUGCAGUCACGUUCCUCCAUCACUCGCAACCAGGACAACUUUUCCACCGGCGAGAGCCGACGUUUCAACAACACGGGCUCUUCUUCAUUAUUGUCAACAUGGAACGGCAGGGGCUCAUCCACCUCUGUAUCGGGCGGCGACAGCUCCCUCCUCUCACUUCCUCCUUCCUCGUCCUCAUCCCGCUCUCAAAUGAACGGCGGCGCCGUCAGCAUGCCUUCGAGCCCCCGUCUUGGACGACGAAGUUAUGGCAACCAAGAAGCUGUACAGAGCGGUCGAACGAGGAAAUACUCUGCCGGUUCUCUAAACGGGAUGAUGACGGGAAGCGGGCACAGCCGAUCGCUGCCUCGCCUUUGCCCGUCUCCGUCUCCUCGAGACAAUAACAACGGUGUUCUGACAUUGUCAACAGCUCACCCGCAACGCUCCGAUACUUACAAACUUAGCAAAGACAAUUACUACAACAACAACAACAGCGUAAAUACGAAUCUAGACCUCAACCACAACUCCAGCAACUCCAACCAACAGCUCUCGAACAGGAAUCAUACAAUCUAUAACACAACAAAAGGAGAGGGCGUCGUUUCUAUCUCACUUUCCUCCCUUAAGAUGCCCUCCUGUAAUGGCGUGGCUUCUCUCACGACAUCCCCACCUGACGUUACAAUCCCGUGCAAAACGGGAGGGUCCUCUUCCCCUCGCGUGGCCAAGAAACUCAGCCUGACUUCCACAAGCUCAGCGGGCUCCAUCAGCUCCUCGAUCACCAGCCCCUCUGAAAGAGAGCUUUCGAAAGCAUGGGUAGACCUGGAACCUACUAGCACUCUGGGCUUUGGACGUAAUGAGAGGAGGUCAUCAUUUGGAAAAGCAGGAGUCACCCCACCAGGUGGUUUUAGGGAAAGACGGGGGAGUAUCAGCUCACUCAGUGGGAAGGAGGAACUAAGUGACUACCAUCAUCAUCAAAAAGAGGAGCGUCUUCGUGAGCAGGAGGUGGAGAGACUGGAAAGACAGCGUCUCGAAACCAUCUUGUCCCUCUGCUCCAAGCUAGACCAGGAAGACGGUGGAUCAGAUAAAAAUCCAGCAUCUGCUGUGGCAGACCUUCAGAAGAUCAACCAGGAGCUUCAGAAGCUUCAGCUGAACGACGAUGAUGACGACGACGACACGCCCUCAGUUUUCUCCAGCAGCUCAAGAGGGAAUGGACUCAUCACAGAGAACGGGUAUUACGACGCAGAGCUACUGGUACGACAGAAGGGCAGCGGUGAUACUCGAGACAGCAGGGCGGAAUCGCCUGCUGUCAGUCUGCGCAGCUUUGCUUCAUCACCCUCGCCACAUACACAGAGGAUACGUGAGGCACACGAUGAUGCAGUCCACCGUUUCGGACAGGAAGCCCUACCCUCGGAGGAGGAAAUGAGGCGAGUGGAGGGGGAGAGGAUCCAGGUCCUAAACAACAUGGAGGAGCUGGAAAAAAAAAUUAAAGAGCUGGACAACCAGAUGGAGGAAUCCGCCCGAGAGGUGGAGGUAGAACAAGCUCUUGUUGAGGCAGAGCAAGCGUCCGAGAUAGCCGCACUCCAACAGGAAAAAGACGCUCUGGCUGCACUUCAAAACAAGAUAGCUGACAUGGAGACUAAAUCGCAGCAUGAAAAAGACAAGGCGUGCGAGUUGCUGCAGACAGAAAAGGGCAGAGUAGAGAGUUUGGCUCAGAUUGUGUAUGAGCAGCGCUCCCAGCUGGACAGCUGCCCUGAGGCCACCAAGGAGCCCCUGCAGGAGCAGCUAGCCAGGGACUGUGAGAUACUUGAGACGGAAACAAAGCGCUUUGAAGACCUGGAGUUCCAGCAGCUGGAGCGAGAGAGCAGGCAGGAUGAGGAAAAAGAGAUCCAAACACAACAGCUUCUCCGAGAGAUCGCAGAGUACCAUCGGAGCAGUGCGACCCGCGAGGAACGGCUGUUGACUCUCGAGAAGCAGGGUGAGGAGAUUACCCAGCAGGCUGAGCGAGAGAAGGAAAGCUUUCUGAAGGAGAGACGUAAACUUGAAGAGAUGCUACAAAGGGAGAAAGAAAACCUUGCCCCUCUUGAUCGAAAAUAUGCUGACCUAAGUGGUGGCCAAACUUACACAUUGAGAGAGCAUUUCCGGUUGCUGGAGGAAAGGAAGCGAUCUGACAAAGAUGUCGGACCCCAUCUGAGUGACACGUUACCCAAAAAGAGAACGACACCCACCAUGAUGCCCCAGUUCUCAAGUGCAACACUUGGACGCAGUUUCCCAGUUAAGGCCCAUCCACCUUUAGUACAGAGCACAAGCUGUGGCAGCAUUCUUCCCAGAAUGCUCUCCUUAUCCAGCAGAGAAACAGAAAGCAGACGUCUGCAAAAAGGUCAGCCGAGCUCUCGAGCAUCAUCCCAGACCAACGUCUACCUCAAUGCUUUUGAGUACCGCGACAACCAGGCCUUUGACACAAUGAGUGUGGAUAGCACCGACUCCAUUGAAACCAGCAUCUCGGCAUGCUCUCCUGACAACAUCUCGAGCGCAAGCACUUCCAAUGUGGCCAAGCUCGAGGAGAUGGAACGUCUGCUGAGAGAAGCGCAGGCAGAAAAAAACAGGCUCCUUGAACACAAGGAGCGAGAGAUGGAAAUUCGCAAGCAGGCAUUGGAUGAGGAGAAAAGGAGGCGGGAGGAACUGGAGAAGAUGCUCCAGGAGGAGACCAGCAGGCGGCAGAAACUCAUCGAUCGUGAAGUGAAGUUACGAGAGAAACAGAGAGUACAGUCCCGACCACUCACACGGUACCUACCGGUGCGCAAGGACGAUUUUGACCUGCGGGCUCACAUUGAGUCGGCGGGUCACAGCGCAGACACGUGCUUCCACUUGUCCAUCUCCGAAAAGACGUGCAGAGGCUACCUUAUCAAGAUGGGAGGCAAGAUAAAGACCUGGAAGAAGCGCUGGUUCGUCUUCGAUCGCAAUCGGCGGACGCUUUCCUACUACUCAGACAAGCAUGAAGCCAAGCUGAAAGGCGUGAUCUACUUCCAAGCCAUAGAAGAGGUGUAUUACGACCACCUGAAAAAUGCACAUAAGAGCCCCAACCCCUCCCUUACUUUCAGUGUGAAGACUCACGACAGGGUCUACUACAUGGUGGCCCCUUCCCCCGAGGCCAUGAGAAUCUGGAUGGAUGUGAUCGUUACGGGUGCUGAAGGAUACACACAAUUCAUGUUGUAGUGAAGUGAAGCGGUUGUGGAAUCAUCUCUAUGAGCAUCGAAAAAUCUCUUUGUGGCUUAUUUAAACACUAUAUACAUAUUGUCUUUUUAGUUAUCUAUAUCGCCUACUUGGACAAAUAUCUGACAGAAGUUCAGAUGUAUAUAUAAGUUAUGAUUUACAUGACUUUUUACUAAAUGACAAUACAAAUCUAAGGCUUUUGUCUUACCGCCACUAGUGUAGUCUGUAUCACACUACCUCUUUUUUUUAUUGCAAAAUAUUUUGAAUACUGACAAAUCAGUUUCAGAUCACCUUUUGAAUCACUAACUCGUAAAAUAGAAAAUAAUCAGUAGUAGUAUCAAGUUGAUCAUUUUUGUGGAAGCAAUAAACAUGCUCGUUGAGAUUUAGUAAGCGAAACCUUAUCAUUUUGAUAUGUACUAUAUUCCUCAGGUUUUACUGUGUCCGUGCGUAUAUUUUGCGUGUGCUCAAAAGUGCCUCUUUUGCCUAAAUUUAGAUUUUUUACAUUAGGCUUAAUUUUCAAGUUAGCAGGGGUUUAAUCAGUCAGUGGAGUUGAUUUCAACAAAUUCUGUGUAGUUUGUUAUAGUUGUUCGUUUCAGGGCUCAGGAGUGGCUAAGCUAGCACGAGUCAAUGGUCCCGUCUUAGCAUGCCAUGCAAUCAAUAGUGUUGGCUACUGUGUUUUCAGGACAAAGUUAUUCAAACUUCACAUUGCAUGUCAAUAACUGUAGUGUGAACAUUUGUAAUCCAGCAGCUCUGCAGGGAACACGUUGCAGAGAAGAGUGAUUUUUUUCUUUAUAGAUAUGGACGUAGAACAGUCUCAGUUCUUGGUUAAAAGCAAAAAAACAUACAGUUAGCAUUUAUUUUACAUAAAUAUGUCAAAGUACAAUGCUUGUCUGUUAGUGAAUGCAGCUAGCGGCCACCUUAUGUAAAGAGAGCUUUUUCGUUGAAAAUUUUUGUGAAUAAAUACUUAAAUCCCUGAAUUCUUUAUAGAUAUGGUCGUAAAACAGUCUAGAUUCUUAGUUAAAAGCACACAAAAAAAAAGUGCAGUUAGCAUUUAUUUUAUGUAAAUAUGUCAAAGUACAAUGUUAGUCUGUUAGUCAAUGUAGCUAGUGGCCGCCUUAUGUAAACAGAGCUUUUUCAUUGAAAAUUCUCGUGAAUAAAUGCUUAAAUCCCUAAAUUCUUUAAAGAUACGAAUGUAAAACGGUCUCGAUUCAUGGUUAAGAGCAAAAAAAAAAAAAACGUGCAGUUAGCAUUUCUUUUACGUAAAUAUGUUGAAGUACAAUGCUAGUCUGUUAGUGAAUGUAGCUAGUGGACGCCUUACGUAAGCAGAGCUUUUCCAGUGAAAAUUCUAGUGAAUGAGUGCUUAAAUCCCCAAAUUCUUUAUAGAUAUGGACGUAAAAAAAAAAACCUGCAGUUAGCGUUUAUUCUACGUAAAUAUUGCGAACUAUGAUGCCAAUGCCGUAGCGGCUAAUUUCUCCCAUUGAUUUUUUUCCCCCCAAGUUUCUAAAUGCAUGCAUGGUCGGAAAAAUAUCACCUUAAAUCCUCGAACAAAUCACUCCUGAGACGAUCCCUCCUGUUUGGAUGCGGUCCAGCUUUUGUGCUUAUUCAACAGAAAUCUGGCGUUAGAAGAACAGAAUAGAAGCGGCACAUCAAAACGCCACACUAAAAAAUAGUAAAAAUUUCAAAAUGGCUCACCUCUUUGUCCUCUGUAGGACCAUGGCCUCUAACAAUAUGUUUACUGCACAUGAAGGUGAAUGGCUUCACCUUGUUUGUGUUUAACUGGUCUUUUGACAUCCGCACCAGUUAUCCAUUCAUCAUAUUUUUUCCUCAGAGUUUUUGGCUUUGUGAAACAUGAAGAAAACAUCCUUUAUAUGUCCAAAUGUCUUGAGUCGUUUCUACAAGUUCCAUAGCAGCAGUGUUUACUCGGCAUGUUCUUUUUGGAAAUAUUUCUAGCAGAAAAUAAGCAGUAAUAACAUGGAUUGUAUGCGAGGGCAUGUCUCUGUUGACCCACUUCCGCGUUAAGAUGUUGACUUUACAGUCCAAAAAUGGCAUGUGUGACUCAUGCUAGCUUAGCCACUUUAGAGCCCUGAAACUGGUAACGAAUAAACCGCACGGAAUUUGUUAUAAUCAACUCCACUUGCUAAUUAAACUCCAGCUAAUGCGACGUUUAAGCUUAAUGUCAAAAAUUCUGAAUUUCCACUUUAAGUAUUGCUCAACACCAAAAACACACCUUAUACACAUUAGGAUGAAAACAUAGGUUUAAAAUAUCCAGUGUUGCCAAGCCAUAUAAAAUAUAUUUAGUUGCUAAAUACCUGUGCCUUUUUAAAUAAGACAAUAUUACUGCAUAUAUAUUUUUUUAUGCAUGUACCUUAGUCUUUUAUUGACAUACUGUAGUUCUUAUAUCUUGUUCGUGAAGCCGAAUUGUUUGGCUUCUUUUGAUUGACCACUUGACGGGUUAAGCUGUCCUGAAAGUGACAAAAAAAAAAAAGGUACAUUAGAUGUAUAAUAUUAAUAAGACCAUGGAUGUACUAUCUGAGCUGGCUAUCCUUUUUUUUUUUUGAUCUGUUAUUGUUAAUUUAAUGGGAUUUUUGUACUGUAUACCAUCUAUAGACAUAAACGUCAGUUUUUCUUGUAUCCGACCCUUAGUCAUUCUGGUGCAUCUAUGUCAACCCUUUUCCACUGAACUUUUGACUAAAGUUCAUGUUAUUGUAUGAUUUGUGCGAGGUUUAAUGAUUUUUUUUGUCUGUUUUCGCAUCACGUUCCGAGCACAUCUGUUUUCAGUCACUUUGUUAUUUGCAUGUAUGUUCAUUUCCAAUGUUAAAUAUUAAACAUCUAUUGUUUCGUCUCA